GUUGGGGCUGACAGGAAGUAGCGUAGCGAAUCACAAGUGCACUAAGCCGUACUCCGUAAAAAUUGAAUAUAAGUUAGUUAACAAGUAGUCACCACCUAGUCCACCUAGUCCACCUAGUCCGCCUUGCACCUAGUAAAUAAAAAUAAUUAAAACUUUUCCCGGUCCCCCCAGCUCUGAGUCAAUUCAUAUCCGCAUUCUGGGGUAUAUCUCAGUAAGAUCAUUACUCUUUGAACUUCCUUUGUCUAGUAUUUCCCAAGAUCUCAUAUAAUUUCCAAUUGCAGUUGUAGCACAAUGGCACAAGCACAAAACAUCCUAGCGGCGCCCGAGUCCGAGCUCUCCCAUCGGCUGGGAGUGUCGUCAACUUCGCCAUCAGCAGCCACAUUCCAUUCCCCGCUAUCUAGCUUUGGCGGGGCUGUCUCUCAACGAGGACAAGCCAAACAGCUCAAGCCAUUCAACACUCAGGACAUUAAAAUCCUCCUAUUGGAAAAUGUCAAUCAAAGUGGCAGAGACAUUUUAACCGGUCAAGGUUACCAAGUUGAAGCUCUUAAGAGCUCAUUGCCCGAAGACCAACUCAUUGAGAAGAUUCGAGAUGUUCACGUCAUUGGUAUUCGAUCAAAGACAAAAUUAAAUGAAAAAGUUCUCCGCGAAGCUAAGAACCUUUUGGUAAUUGGUUGCUUUUGCAUUGGUACCAACCAAGUAGACUUGGAGUUUGCUGCCAAACAUGGCAUUGCUGUCUUCAACUCGCCUUUUGCGAAUUCCCGUAGUGUCGCCGAGCUUGUCAUCGCGGAGAUCAUCUCCUUAGCCCGUCAAUUGGGCGACAGAAGCUUGGAGAUGCACCGAGGUACCUGGAAUAAAGUAAGCAACAAAUGCUGGGAGAUUCGUGGCAAGACCCUCGGAAUCAUCGGAUAUGGACAUAUCGGCUCGCAGCUGUCCGUUCUUGCAGAAGCCAUGGGCAUGUCAGUUAUAUAUUACGACGUCGUAAACUUGAUGGCCCUUGGUACCUCCCGACAGGUACCGACGUUGGAGGAUCUCCUGAGCGAAGCUGACUUUAUUACCCUGCACGUUCCGGAGUUGCCCGAGACCAAGAACAUGAUCUCCGCCGCACAGCUGAGGUUGAUGAAAGAUGGCUCGUACCUUAUCAAUGCCAGCCGUGGAACCGUAGUUGACAUUCCGGCCUUGAUCAACGCUAUGCGUAACGGUAAGAUCGCCGGAGCUGCAUUGGAUGUAUAUCCCGGCGAACCGCGCGCCAACGGCGAUUACUUCAAUAACAGCUUGAACGGCUGGGAAGAAGAUCUGCGCAGCCUGAACAACAUUAUUCUGACCCCCCACAUUGGUGGUAGCACCGAAGAAGCCCAGAGAGCAAUCGGUGUCGAAGUUGGUGAGGCCUUGGUUCGAUAUAUCAACCUUGGCAUCACUUUGGGCAGCGUCAACAUGCCCGAGGUUAACAUGCGCUCGCUAACGUUGGACGAGCCUAACCACGCACGAGUGAUCUACAUCCACAACAACAUACCAGGUGUUCUUCGAAAGGUUAACGAGAUCCUCGGCGACCACAAUGUUGAUAAGCAGACUAGCGAUAGUAGAGGUGAUGUCGCGUAUCUCAUGGCCGAUGUCAGCGAUGUCCAGACAAGCGACCUUAAGGAGAUUCAAGACUCGCUCGAAGCGUUAGGCUCUCGCAUCAUGACACGGAUACUUUACUAGAGUCAUCUUAAUGAGGCGGUGGGUAGGUAGGCAGGUAGGCGGGUUGAUAAAAUUGUCUCAACAGCACCGGAGCGUACGUAGGUACCCAGGGAAUGGCGUUCAACCAAGACAGGAAGGGGGGAAAUUCUUGCAUUGAUGGGUAUUAUAAAAAUUCAACUUCUGGCAAGAUGGAUACCCAGGAAAAACAACAAUUGCAUAAGAAUGGCUCGACUUUUUUUACUAAAAUUAACAUUAGAAAAAAGGGGGCGUGAGGUUCAACAUUAAAAGCCCAAUACAUGUACUGCGUAGGCGUAGUGGGCUAUAUUAUCUCUUAAUAGCUUAGCAUGAAAUUAUAAGUCUGCGUGCAUUAUUAUAUCUAAGGGUUGAGUUGAGUUAUCGUCCUUCUAUCUAUCUGAUUAAUAUCUUAAUA